AUGGACAGGCAGCGACACGACACGGCAAAACAUUCUUGUCGAGGAUGUCUUGUCGACAUAAGUGAUACAAGUAUGCUUACAGUUUCGCUAGUUCCUCUCCAACUUCAAUGUGUGAACAACAACAAAAAAAUUGUACUUUGGUCUAAUCCUAGAUAUUCUUCCACUCGUUUUUGUCGGCCAUUAAAAUGUAUUUUUAUGAAAGAAAAUAAUGAUAAAACAAUCGAAAUGUAUACAGAAAUUGAAGAUGAAAUAUCUAGAUUAACUAAUACAAUAAUUUAUAUUAAUGAUACAUCAAUUAUAAGCAUAAAUCAUGCUCUAAUUUUUUCAAUGAUUGAUGGCAAGUACGCUAAAGAAGCGGCAAGAUUGUUUGUGCAUCUAUAUCCGUGGUUUUAUUUACCAGCAAGUAUACACAAAGUGUUAAUUCACGGAGGAGAUAUUAUUCGUGCUGCUCUGUUACCAAUAGAUCAAUUAUCUGAAGAAGCUGCUGAAACAUGUAACAAAGAAUAUAAAAGACUAAGACUUCAUCACACUCGAAAAGCAUCCCGCAUAAAUAGUAAUACUGAUAUUUUCCAAAUGAUGUUAGUGUCAUCCGACCCACUAAUUUCAUCCCUCCGGAAGACAUGUAAAAAGAAAAUAUAUGAGCUUUCUCCAGAAGUAAAAUCUUUGUUAGAUUUUGAAUCCGAAGAUGAGGGAAAUUGUUCAAACAGUGAUACCGAUGAAACCGGUGAAAAUAGUGAUUUAGAGUUAGAUAUAAGCAGUCUAAGCAUGUAG